CCCCGUCGCUUGCCGUCCCCGACCUCCGUUGGAGCCAUGGAUCCGGCUCUUCGCCGCCGCUCCCGCCUCCCCAUCCACCUACUGGUGGUGGCCGUCGCGGUACUCGCGCUCCUGGCCGCGCGAUCGGGCGCCGAGGUCAUCACCCUCACCGAGGAGACCUUCUCCGACAAGAUAAAGGAGAAGGACACGGUGUGGUUUGUGCAGUUCUGCGUCCCUUGGUGUAAACACUGCAAGAGCCUAGGAACACUUUGGGAGGACCUGGGGAAAGUUAUCGAAGGUACGGACGAAAUCGAGGUCGGGAAAGUUGACUGUGGUGCGAGCAAACCAGUAUGCUCGAAGGUGGACAUUCAUUCUUACCCAACGUUCAAGGUGUUUUACGAUGGCGAAGAGGUUGCGAAAUAUAAAGGACCUAGGGACGUGGAGGCUCUCAAGAAUUUUGUGCUGAAUGAAGCUGAGAAAGCAGGAGAGGCAGCGCAUCAAGAUGAGCUUUAGGGUGUUGGUACCAAGCAGAUGCUGAUAGACAAAGAUACUCCGGUCAAGCAACUUUCGAUUACUGCUGGACCUGUUCAAUUUUUGUUUGAUCGAGUUGGCUUGUACUGCCUCCUGUCGUUUGUUGCUAACUUAGUACUUAUUACAUCAGAUGCAAGAAGAAAAUAUUUUGUAAUCUUAAGCCUUUUCUGAGUUAGAAGAUCAACUGAAAUGAUUUUGUAAAUGUUGUCCACAGCUCGAUGAAACAUGCAUUCCAGGGAAAGUGUUUACGAUUUA